AUGGAUAACAGAUACAGAGCUAAAAGAAUAGUGAAUAUGGCAUUGCAAUCUUCGCCGCCGCCAUCUUCAUCGACUUCAACAAAUGAAGAUUUUUCAAGUGAUCAUUCUUCUUACCAUCCACAGCAAAAUGUAGAAAUUUCCACAGAAUUAGAAGACAGUGAAGAUAAUGAAGUAAGAAGAGAUCCAGAGGGUCCUAUAGGUAACUUGGGGGAAAUAAAUCAUCCAGAUUCCGAUGAACCUGUCAGAGGAAGAAAAAAAGUUCGGAAUUUCGACAGAUGGGCAAAGAAUAUAAGGAAGCGAAAGAGAACUGCAGGACAAGAAUAUCGCAACGUACAAGGUAGUAUUGUCCCAGCUAAAGUAUUUACACCAGUUGUAUGCAGCUGUAGGUUCAAAUGCAGGGAGCAGGUUUCAUCCGAAAAUCAAGAAGCAGUACACGUAAUAUUUUAUAAGCUCACCUCAUGGGAUACACAAACAACAUGGUUGUGCAGCGCCAUUAAGCCUUUAGAACCAAAACGCCAUAAGCAAAGACAAAAUGCUCAAAAUCCUAGCCGCAUAAAUUAUGUACGCCAAUUCAUGCUGUUGGACAAAAGAGUUUGCAAAAGUUUCUUUUUAAAGGUCAUACAAAUAUCUAACAAAAGAUUAGAUUAUGCAUUACGCAAUAAAAAAUCUGUCUCUGGAAUAGCGGAAAGAGAUAAGAGGGGACAACAUGUACCUGCUAACAAGCUGUCUGAUGAAAAGUUGAAUUGGCUUAAAGACCACAUUAAUAGUUUUCCGAAAUUUGUGAGUCACUAUGGAGAAAGACGAUCAAUAAGAAAAUAUUUGCGCCCGGAUCUUUCAAUGAACAAAAUGUAUGAACUUUUUAAAGCAAAAUGUGAGUCAGAAGGAAUACCAAUAUUGAAAAAGAGUGCGUACGUCAAAGUAUUUACAACCGAGUUUAAUUUACACUUCUAUAUCCCUAAGGCAGAUACUUGUAAAACCUGUGAUAUGCUCCUGAUAGCAAUAAAGGCGGAAGAAGAUAUAGAAACAUGCCUAGCUAUAAGGGUACAAAAAGAUCAGCAUAUUAAACUUGCAGGCGAGGUAAGAAACAUAUUAAACGACUGUAAAGGUAAAGUCAAAACUGACGAAUCGUUAUUAGUAGCUACUUUUGAUCUGGAACGAACCCUGCCUCUUCCUUAUUUGAAUACUAGUGAGGUCUAUUAUUUAAGACAACUGCAAAUGCUGAACUUUGGUAUUCAUGCUUAUACUAAGGAAGGAGAAAAAGUUUUCAUGAAUAUGUGGCCAGAACAUUGUGGGGCCAGAGGCUCACAAGAAAUUAUGUCGUCACUUCACUACUUUUUAGAAGAUUCCGUGCCGGACACUGUCAAAUCACUGUGUUUUUUUUAG